AUGUCGUCAUCUGAAAACGCUGCGUCACACGGAGUGUGUGAAGCAUCACCCCCCACAUCAGAGGCUGAACCCUUGAGGAUUGUUCUGCUGGGGAGGACGGGAACAGGCAGAAGCUCCUCAGGAAACACCAUCCUGGGCAGGUCCGCCUUCUGGGUCGACGUGUCCCCCUGCUCCGUCACCACACAGUGCCAGAGGAAGACUCUGACAGUCGACGGGCGGAGUAUUUCUGUGAUUGACACUCCAGGUUUCUUCCACACGCACCUGUCACCUGAGGAGGUCAUGGUAGAGGUGGGACGGUGUGUUGUCAUGUCGUCUCCAGGACCCCACGCCUUCUUGGUGACCCUGCAGCCCGGCAGGUUCACCCAGGAGGAGAGGGAUGCCUUAGAGUGGAUCAAGGCCACGUUUGGGCCCGGGGCCACCAGGUUUACCAUGGUGCUGUUCACCUGGGGAGACCAGCUGCAGGGAAAACGCAUCGAGGACUUCCUGGAAGAGAGCGAUGAGCUGUCAGAAUUUGUCAGCGGCUGCCAGGGGGGGUACCACGUCCUUGAUAACAGCGAGCAUGACAAGAUGACGGAGUGCCCAGAACAGGUCGUGCAGCUGCUGAAGAAGAUAGACAAGAACGUGGUGGAUAACGGAGGCGGCUGCUACAGCAACGAGAUGUUCAAGGAGGCCGAGAGCGCCAUCAGAAAGGCACAAGAGAGGAUUCUGGGAGAAAGAGGGCACGAGGUGGAGUCCCUUCAGAAGGAGGCUGAAGGCAAGGAGGAGCAGGGACUGGCGUUAGAGAGGGGGUGGAGGGAAGAGGAGGAGAGGAGGAGGGAGGAAGAGGAGGCCAGGAAAAGGGCGGAGAGGCUCUUCUGGUCCGAGCUGGUGACUGCGAUGGGGAGAGGCGCAGCAGAGGGGGCAGGGAUCAUGGGGAAGGACAAGGGGAAAGGGAAAGCUGUGAAGAAGGUGAAGGUGGUGGAGAAGGCAGCAGCUCUGGCAGCCUCGCCGCUCUCCAUCCGUUCAGCUGCAAGAGUGGUGGAGGGAGCGGUGAGAGAAGGGAGUAAGGUGCUCUAUAAACACAGGAAGACGUUGCUGCACUGA